AGUCUCCCGGCAUGCCUUGCUCUUCCUCUUCCCUGGCGCGGCGCUGAGCUAAGCUCUGACAAUGGUGCGCUACUCGCUGGAUCCGGAGAACCCCACCAAGUCCUGCAAGUCCAGGGGCUCCAACCUCCGGGUCCACUUUAAGAACACUCGGGAAACUGCCCAAGCUAUCAAGGGCAUGCAUAUCCGGAAAGCCACCAAGUACUUGAAGGAUGUGACCCUAAAGAAGCAGUGUGUUCCUUUCCGUCGGUACAACGGUGGAGUUGGUAGAUGUGCCCAGGCCAAGCAGUGGGGCUGGACACAGGGCCGUUGGCCUAAAAAAAGCGCUGAGUUCUUACUGCACAUGCUCAAGAACGCCGAGAGUAAUGCUGAGCUUAAAGGUCUUGAUGUGGAUUCUUUGGUAAUCGAGCACAUCCAGGUGAACAAGGCCCCUAAAAUGCGCAGACGUACCUACAGGGCCCAUGGUCGGAUCAACCCCUACAUGAGUUCCCCCUGUCACAUUGAGAUGAUCCUCACUGAGAAGGAGCAGAUUGUUCCUAAACCGGAAGAGGAAGUUGCACAAAAGAAAAAGAUAUCCCAGAAGAAGCUGAAGAAGCAGAAGCUUAUGGCUCGGGAGUAAAUCUGAUGAAACAGAUGUAUAUAAAUAAAAAGAAAAAGUCUGA